CCUCUCCUGAAAUCCCAUGGGCUCUGGCCCCCAGGGGAGGGAGCCAGGGGUGCUGGACAAGACAGUGUCAGUUCACCUUCCUCAGAGCGUCUGACAUUCCGGGUCUCACUCAGCGAGGUAAGGUAUGCAGAGCAAAGACAAGGACCCUAUUUCACGAAGGAGGAACUGGAGUUUAUUCCCAUGCCCAGCCACAUUAAUGGCAGAACUGGGAGAGGAUGCUCCUGGGGUCCUUGCUCAGGACUCCCUGUGAGGGAACAGAGCGGCCAGGGGCCUCUGAGACAAUAAACAUCAGGCUAGGGGCUGAGGCGCAUGCAAGAAGGCUCCGGGCACUCCUGCGGGUCUCACAGCUCAGGUCCCCAGCCGCCAAUCACCACUACUGGCAGUCAGUUACCAGAACAGCCCACAGGGAGCCAGGGGAGGACCCCCAGGCCAUGAGCGACUUCAUUGUAGGGACACGACUUCUGGACCACAGGACCACAGAGCUAGCGGAUGCUCAGAGGCAGGAAACUUUGUCCCAUCCCUCAGCACAUUCCUCCCCUCCCGUCAGCCUGCGUGGCUGGAGGAGGCAUGUUGUAAGGAACGACGAAGGCCACAUAGUUCGUAGUCUGUGAGAAAUCCUCCUGUUCCUUCAGACACUCCUCACUUCUCCAUCCACUCCUUGAUCCCUUUCACAGCUGGGAAGACUGAGGAUUAGAAGGAACUCCUCUGAAAAUCAGUGUCUAAGGCCUCAGACCACUGCUUUCUCCACACUGCCCCCGGGAGGAUCAAGCAGGCAAGAAGUACCUGCCUCAAGGAGCCCCGUUCUCCAAUCAGGUCCCCAAUGGUUCUAGGUCACAUUAUCCACCUACAAGUCCCUUGCCAAUUCUGUUGCCACCAUCAGACCCAGUCAGACCUUUAAAGAUCCCUGGGAAAGGUGGGGGUAGAGGCCACCUUCUCCCUAAGGUGCCCAUCUAAGGGUCUCCUGUUCUUGGAAUUGAGAAUGCUGCCUCCCUCUGCCCCUGCUAACCUUGGAGGGCAAGCUAACCUUGCUUCUGGGAGCAAGAUCUGGAGGUGGGCUCCCAGCUUCCGAGCCUAGAUGCUGGAGUGGGCAGGAGGGAGAAAAAGGCAGACCAUGGGUGCCAGCCAAGUGUAAGAGCAAAGAUGCCUGGGGGCUAUGGUGUUUAGGUGGGAGGUCUUGGGAAAGGGGUACCUAAGGAGUGGUGAGAACACUGAAGACAGUGUCUCAGACCAGGUGGCCAUAGCAGAGGAGGAAAGGGAUCAUGGUAGGUGUCUCAGUAAGAGAAGGAUGGGAGGUUUGAGGGGUAACAGUUCUUAUUUCCUUAAACCAAGCAUCCCUACCUUCCCAUCAACCAAAUGAGCAUCCACAGGCAGUUUACACUUAUUGAUCUGUCCCACAGUCCAUUUAUCCAUCUGUCUGUCCAUCUGUUCAGCUCUCCAUCCAGUCAUUUGUCCAUCCAUUAAUCUGUCCAUCCAUUGAUCUGUCCAUUCCAUCCAUCCAUCUAUUCUUUCAUCCAUCCACCUAUCCACUUAUCCAUCCAUCCACCCAUCAGCCAUCCAUCUAGAGAGGUCAGGCCCCAUUUGGUCUUCCCAGGACUAUUGGGAAGGGCCUGCGGUCCUGUGGCAUUUAUGGGGCAUGUGACCUGCCUGCCUGGCCUGGGGAGGCUGCCCCACCCCAGCCCUCAGGCAGGGGGCUGGUCCAGGCAUGUGGGAGUAUUUAUACCUUGAUGGAGGCUCCUGGGGUGUUGCUGGGCUGAAUGACUCCCCGAAGCCCUGAUGGUGGCCAUGGCCCUGAGCCCACUCGGGCUUUCUUCGAGGCCAGGACUGGGUGAUGGUGUCACUCCUCCCGCCGCAGUCUGACGUCACGCUGCCCAGCCCGGCCAGACUGGAGGGCGAGCCCCAAGGGGACCUCAUGCAGGCGCCGGGCCUCCCAGGCUCCCCUGCCCCACAGAGCAAGCAUGCCGGCUUCAGCUGCUCAUCAUUUGUGCCUGAUGGACCCCCAGAAAGGGCUUCCUCACUGCCCCCACAAAGUCCCAGCGUCGCAUCACCAGGUCCUGAGCAAGUCCACUGCCCAGCAGGCCCAGGCCCGGGCCCCUUCCGGCUCUCACCCUCAGACAAGUAUCCCAGCUUCAGCUUUGAGGAGAGCCCAGCAAGCGGCCCUGGGCGCUUCCUCAAGGGCAGCCAUGUGCCUUUCCACCCAUACAAGCGGCAUUUCCAUGAGGACAUCUUUCCUGAGGCUCAGACUGCCCUGGCCCUCGACGGACACUCCUUUAAGACCCCAGGGGUGCUGGAGACCUUCGAGGAGAUCCCCGUGGAUGUGGGGGAAACCGAGGCCUUCCUGCCUGGCUUCUCAGCAGAGACCUGGUGCAAUGGGCUCCCCUACCCCAGCCAGGAGCACAGCCCCCAAGUCCUGGGUUCGGAAGUCAAAGUCAAGCCCCCAGCUCUGGAGAGUGGCCCUGGGCUGUACUGCUACCAGCCCCCUUUGCAGCACAUGUACUGUCCCUCCCAGCCCCCCUUCCACCAGUACUCACCAGGUGGCAGUGGCUACCCUGUACCCUACUUGGGUUCCGCACACUAUCCGUACCAGCGGAUCGCACCACAGGCCAACACUGAUGGGCACCAGCCUCUCUUCCCCAAACCCAUCUAUUCCUACAGCAUCCUCAUCUUCAUGGCCCUUAAGAACAGUAAAACGGGGAGCCUUCCGGUCAGUGAGAUCUACAAUUUUAUGACGGAGCACUUCCCUUACUUCAAGACGGCACCUGAUGGCUGGAAGAAUUCUGUCCGCCACAACCUGUCUCUCAACAAGUGCUUCGAGAAAGUGGAGAACAAAUCAGGAAGUUCUUCUCGCAAAGGCUGCCUGUGGGCCCUCAAUCCGGCCAAGAUCGACAAAAUGCAGGAGGAGCUGCAGAAGUGGAAGAGGAAAGACCCCAUUGCUGUGCGCAAGAGCAUGGCCAAGCCGGAAGAGCUGGACAGCCUCAUUGGAGACAAGAGGGAGAAGCUGGGCUCCCCACUUCUGGGCUGCCCACCCCCUGGGCUGGCAGGCUCAGGCCCCAUUCGGCCCCUGGCACCUCCAGCUGGGCUCUCCCAGCCGCUGCACUUGAUCCACCCAGCUCCAGGCCCCAUUCCUGGCAAGAACGCCCUGCAGGACCUUCUUGGGGGACACACGCCCUCUUGCUAUGGGCAGACAUAUUCACACCUCUCACAGGGCCUGGCCCCUCCCGGACCUCCCCAGCCAUUGUUCCCGCAGCCAGACGGGCACCUUGAGCUGCGGGCCCAGCCAGGUACCCCCCAGGACUCACCUCUGCCUGCCCACACCCCACCCAGCCACAGUGCCAAGCUGCUGGCUGAGCCUUCCCCAGCCAGGACCAUGCAUGACUCUCUGCUGCCAGAUGGAGACCUGGGCACUGACCUGGAUGCCAUCAACCCUUCUCUCACCGACUUUGACUUCCAGGGAAACCUCUGGGAACAGCUGAAGGAUGACAGCUUGGCCCUUGACCCCUUGGUACUGGUGACCUCAUCCCCGACAUCAUCUUCGAUGCCCCCACCCCCACCCCCACCCCACUGCUUCCCCCCUGGGCCCUGUCUGGCAGAGACGGGCAGUGGAGCAGGUGACUUGGCACCACCAAGCAAUGGGGGUUCUGGGGCACUGAGUGACCUGCACCUCACCACCCUCUACUCAGCUUUCAUGGAGCUGGAGCCCUCGCCUCCCACGGCCUCUGCUGGUCCCUCAGUGUACCUCAGCCCCAGCUCCAAGCCCAUGGCCCUAGCAUGAGCCAUGUGCCUCAGCCACUCCAGCCUUUGCCUGGCCUGGAAGUCCCAGCUGGCCGCCCAUGUCGGGCUCACCUUAAAGGUCAAGGAAGGAAAACACUCCCUGUCCCCUAUGCCACUAAGCCGACUUGUUGGCUGGCAGCUGGGGUCAAGAAGACAUCAUCCAGGAUGCUGCCCCUCACGCAUUUCUGCUGCCUGGCGGGCCACCUCCUCCUCAGGGCCCCUGAAGAGCAAGUAUCUGGGCAAGAAGAAAAUGCACUCUCCUGAGCUCACACUCAUCCACACUUAAGCCGUCAUGCACAUGUGCAAACACAUGUGCAUGCACACACACACACAUGCAGUUAUUCACACCUGCACCCACCCACAUUCCUUAUACGCAGAGGAAUCAGGACUACAUCACUGACAGCCUGACUUCAUUCUGGGGCAGCUGAAAGCUGAGGGUUUUGGUUACCAAAUGCUCAGAACUCUGGAACCUUUUUCUGACGUCCAUGUUCUCUGCAGGCCUGGCCCCCUCCAGGCAUGUUCUCUCCCAGAAGCCCCUGUAUUUAUUCUCCCAUCUUUAUCCAAGCAACCCAUCCAGGAGGAGGGGAUAUGGAGCCUCUCCCUAAGUUGUCUGUGGGCCCCCAGGGGGCUGCUACUUAGUAGCACCCAUUCUGCCAGGCUCAUGCUCAUGCUCAUCUUCAGGACAUGCUCUGCCUGGCCUCCCCAGGGGUGACACGCAGGAGGGGCAACAACCACCCCAGGACCAAACUGAGCCUAAUUCCGACACAAAGUGUUUGGAAAAGCCCUUUCCCUCGGAAACUUGAAAGCGUCCUUUCUCCCAGCCUUGGAUGCCGGAAGGGCCCCUCCAGGUCGCUGUAAUCUCACUCCUCUAUCAGAAGUUCAUGUAGUUUAGGUUCCAGAUUAUUAAUAACUUUCAACUGUCCCAGGCAGCCUGGGCAUUCAGGGAAGGGAAGCCCGGCACAGGCUGGAGGAGCAUCCAUGCCCCACUCUGUUCGACUGGCCGACCCAGGAUGCCUCUGGAGCUCGGGGAUGUGGCCCAGCUGUCCACCGUGCCCUACCCAAGAGCCCAAGCCGCACUCUGAGGUGGCAGCCUUAGCCUACUCUGGGCCUGGGGCUUCAAAACCUCUGGAAGUUGGCCCCGGGCUCAGGGGCAAGCCGAUCCCUCAAUGGCCUGCCAUUGUCCCCUGUCCUGGAACAAUAAAGCAAGCGCCUUGUGGUCUGUG